AUGUCACUGAACAUUGAACAGCAGCCCCAUGCCCCGGCCAAGCACCGAUCUUUCGAGGGAUGGCAGAAUGAAGGAGGCCACACGUUGGCGUACGACUUGGUUGGUGUUGGAUUCGGGACGACCGCACUUCCUCUGGCAGCCUCACUUGCAGACGGCAAUGCAGAUGCACGUGUGCUGUUCGUUGAGCAAGAAGCCCAGUUUGACUGGCAUCCUGCUCACAUCCUUCCGGACAACUCCGUGGCAGUCUCUUUUCUUCGCGACUUGACCACGACCCAAAACCCGAGGUCAAAGUUCACCUUCGUCAAUUAUCUCCAGAAGACCAACCAGUUGAUCCGAUUUACCAACAACUCCAAGAUUGCGCCUUCAAGGAGAGCUAUGGCAGAUUACUUCCGCUGGGCAGCAGGCCAGAUCCAACAGCUAGGAUGGGUUAAAUAUGACCAAGAAGUCGUGCAAGUCAGACCACUGAAAGGCAAUGGCCGCGACAGUAUUGCACAGUGGUCGAUCGAAAUGCAACAUACCAAAAACAAAGCUCGGACAACUGUGCUGGCCAAACGUGUAGUGCUGGCGACUGGAGCAACGCCUCGAAUUCCACAAGCACUUUCUGGUGCUCCUUUAAUUUGGCAUUCCAGUUCAUCGAAUCGUCUUGUUGACAGCUUGGCGACCGCGCAGCAACCUUUGAAUAUUGCAGUGAUUGGUGCAGAUCAAGAAGCAGCCGAGCUAUUCUUGCACCUGUCGCAUUCGCGAGGAAAGCACACUGCAACAAUGUACUAUGCAGAUUCGGCCUUGAGGCCUGAAGAUGACGUGGCGAAGGUGCAGGACAUGCUUGAGAGGCCAGAAUCGCUGCCGAGACAGCUUCCUCCCGAAGUCCGGUACCGUCUUCAGGAGUCCGCUUCUUCAUCUCCCAAGAUCAACGUACACACGCUGGGAAGUCUGUAUGAAGCUCAGUACACACAGAAGAUUAAAGAAGCAGACUCGAGAAAGUGGAGGUUUCAGCUCAAGGCGCUGAGCGAAGUCGUCGGUACUGAGCGCGAGCAGGAGAAGGUCCGCCUGGUAAUUCGAAACCCUCGCACAGGAGAGUUGGCCACCUCAGCGGAGGCAUUUGAUGCGGUGGUAGCAGCAACGGGUUACAGCUUCGCCAUCAAUCGGGACCUCAUCGACAUUCCCGCCGGUCUGCUGGACGACAGCGCCAUCGGCGUCAAUCGUGAGUAUCAGGUCAAUUUCCGCCGUGAAGCACUGGAAGCCGGCUGCGGCAUGUGGCUGCUGGGGUCUUUGGAAGACGACAAAGGACGAUGCGACAACUUCAGCUGGAUGUCGGAGAGAGCACAGCGGGCGGCGCGCAGCAUCUUGAAGGAGAUGAAGUCCGAUGCCAAGAAUCAAUCGCAGCGGAGCAGCGAGCGUGCCAUGUUUUAA